UGCGAAAAAAAAUAAAAAAUACAAACUUUCUCCUCUCCCAUUUCUUCCUCAGGCUAAACAAGACAUUUUGUUGAAUUUGGCAAAUGUUGAGUUAGUAACGCUGCACAAGGAAUAAUGUUUUGACACGAUUUGUACUGGUUGAUGCUGCAGGGACAAGGACUAUGGCAUUAACUUACAUCAGGUCAUUGAGAAACGUUAACUUACAUAAGGAGUUUAUUCGAAUAGGAGGCUGCAGAACAUUUGCUGUUGGUAAAAAGAAGGGUGGAAAAGGCGGUGCAGCUGGAGAUGCUCCAAAGGCGUCGAAAAUUAGCAAGGAAGUCAAGGCCAGUACAGUAGUCGGUGCAAAUAUUCUCAAGGAUGGAGUCGAUCCAAAAGUGUUGCCCGACUCAGAAUACCCCGAUUGGCUAUGGCACUUGCUGGAUAAACGCCCGGCACUUAGUGAACUAAGGAGGAAAGAUCUCGAGUCUCUCCCUUACGAUGACCUCAAACGUUUUGUCAAGCUGGAUACCCGAGCUCGGAUCAAGGAAAACAAUUCUGUUAGGGCCAAGAACUGAAAUUUUUGCUUUUUACAUGGAGCUAUAAGUUGAUUUGUUGUGAUUUUAGACAUUAUUUUGAAUUUAUCAGCUGCUUUAUUAUUGAUUUCCUACAAGUUCGUCCUACUAUUUUGAACAUGAUUGAGCUCUUGGUUAAAAGAAUUUUGAUACUUUUUUA